CGAGUCACUAACAGAUGGCAGUCGUCUCUGUUUUUCCUCCUGACAGUGAAAUCCCACUUACAAUGCCAAGUGAAACCGCAGAUGUGAGCUCCAAAUCGUGAAAAAAAUUCCCGGGGGGGUUUUAUGGAUGUGAGCCUCAAAGAUGAGCCUCAUCAUGGACAACAGGCUAGAGACGAUGGACACGGAGGCGGAGGUAAAGAAGCUGCAGGCGCUCGUGAGGGAGUUAGAGCUGCAGAAUGAGGAGCUGAGGUCAGAGCGGCAGCAGUUGAUGAAGGACGGCGCUGGAGGUGGCAGUGGCAGUCCCGUGGGCGUGGGCGGAGGCGAGAAAGACACCCAUUCGCAGCCUUCGACGCCCAAACGCCAGCAGGGACUCGCAAGCUUAGAGACCAUGGAUCCUAUAGGCGUCGAGGACUCCAAUUCCGACGACGAGACUUGGUUAUUUGACUCCCCCAAAACGAAACCCCAUGACACAGAUUGGUUACGAAAAGAUGUCGAUGAUCCAGCCCUUUGUGUUGUCAAAAAGUCUUUAAUUCAGAAAUUAGAUCAGAUUGCAUUGUCCCCCCACCACUCCCCCCGGCACUCAUUCAGCCCCUGUUCGUCAUCAGGAGUCCUAUCACCAGACUCACCCCCCUCCUCUAGAGGUGAAAUAGAUACCAGAACCUUUGUGAGACCAAAGAAGAAAAGGUCCCUAGUAUUUGGUGAUGCUGUAAAUGAUGAAAACAGGAAUUCGUUGCUAAGGAGAGAUGGGAGUUCACGAGAGUGCCUAGCCCGAUCCAGUGGGUCUUUGGGGUCUGAGGAAGACGACCGACUCAGCUCUGCGUCUGAAGGGAGCUUCUCCUACCAGCUGACAGACGUGGCAGAUGUCAACGCCUUGGCCCGACUUCAGGAAGAGAGUUUAAAGCUUCCUGACCCAAGAAGAGGUUCAAGAUUACCAGGUAUACGUGCAGGAAGUACUGGAAUCCCCUAUGCCUCGGGUGGUUCCGGGGGAUCAGCAACCAGCUCUCAGGAGGAUCUGUUAUCGGGUCCCCAUCCCACGAGCAGCCCCCGUCGCCCCAUGCGAGGUCUACAGCCUCCACGACGUUAUGCCUCUCACGCGACUCCUUCCAGGGAAGGGUCUGACCUCUCCACACCUCCAGAUAGCCCCUAUAAUUCGCAGCACAAUUUAGAAGUUUGUAAUGGUAGGAGUGGUUCUCGUCUCCCUAGCGGCCUGAACCGAGGCUAUGGUAGUGACCCCCGAUUAUUAGAGCACACCACGCCCACCAGUAGCCGCGGUGCGUCACCUGCCAGAUCCCACGAUUCUCCCUCUGCCUCGCAGUCUGAUAUCCGCCAAGGACCAAAGGGCUCUAGGCUACGAGGCUCCUCAGGCCAGUGUGUCCCAAGAAUAAUGCUCAUGUGCUUGUCAGUUGUAAAGAUACUCUUAUAG